AACAUGGACAAAGAAAAUAAUGAUGCUGCAUCUAAACCUGCUGAUGUGAAUAUAUCCAAUAUCUCAGUUCAUGUGGUCAGUGCCCAGGGGAGGCUGCCUGGCAGACGACCACUGCGCAAACCCAUCAGCAAAGCCAAACCCAGGAAGCAAUCCAAGAAGAAAGCGACCUUCUGGAAUGUCCAAAAUAAAAUCAUCAUUUUUACAGUAUUUUUAUUCAUCCUAGCCGUCAUAGCCUGGACACUUCUGUGGCUAUACAUUAGUAAGACAGAAAGCAGAGACGCUUUCUACUUUGUGGGAGUGUUUCGAAUAACCAACAUUGAGUUUAUUCCUGAAUACCGACAGAAGGAGUCCAGGGAAUUUCUGUCCGUGGCAAGAACAGUGCAGCAAGUGGUAGACCUGGUUUAUACAACAUCUGCCUUCUCCAAAUUUUAUAAGCAAUCUGUUGUUGCAGAUGUCAGCAGCAACAACAAAGGUGGCCUGCUUGUCCAUUUUUGGAUUGUGUUUGUCAUGCCACAUGCCAAGGGCCAUAUCUUCUGUGAGGACUGUGUGGCUGCCAUCUUGAAGGACUCCAUCCAGACAAGCAUCAUUAACAGAACCUCUGUGGGGAGCUUGCAGGGUCUAGCAGUGGACAUGGAUUCUGUGGUACUAAAUGCGGGUCUUCGGUCAGAUUACUCUUCAACCAUAGGAUCUGAUAAAGGCUGUUCUCAGUAUUUCUAUGCCGAUGACCCAUCUCUCCAUUACCCUGUGGAAGUCUCUGCCACCUCGGGGAGGCUGAUGUGCCACUUCAAGCUGGUAGCUGCUGUGGGCUAUCUGAUUCGUCUCUCCAUUGAGUCCGUCCAGAUUGAAGCUGACAACUGUAUCACGGACUCCUUGACUAUUUAUGAUUCCCUCUUGCCAAUCCGGAGCACCGUCUUGUAUAGAAUUUGUGAACCAACAAGAAUAUUCAUGUCUUUUGUUUCCACCAAUAAUCAUAUGUUGGUGACAUUUAAGUCUCCUCAGAUACGAAUGCUGUCAGGAAUCCGGGCAUAUUUUGAGGUCAUUCCAGAAAAAAAGUGUGAAACUACAGUAUUGGUCAAAGAAAUCACUGGCUUUGAAGGGAAAAUUUCAAGUCCAUACUAUCCAAGCUAUUAUCCUCCAAAGUGCAAGUGUACCUGGAAAUUUCAGACUUCUCUAUCCACUCUUGGCAUAGCACUGAAAUUCCAUAAUUAUUCAAUAACCAAGAAGAGCUUGAAAGGCUGUGACCAUGGAUGGUGGGAAAUUAAUGAACACAUGUACUGUGGCUCCUACAUGGAUCACCACACAAUUUUCAGAGUGCCCAGCUCCCUGGUUCAUGUUCAGCUUCAGUGCAGCUCAAGGCAUUCUGAUAGGCCACUCCUGGUGGAAUACGGCAGUUACAACAUCAGUCAACCCUGUCCCCCUGGAUCUUUCAGAUGCUCCUCUGGUCUGUGUGUCCCUCAGGCCCAGCGGUGUGACGGGAUAAAUGACUGCUUUGAUGAAAGUGAUGAACUUUUCUGUGUGCCUCUCAAGUCAGUCUGCAAUGACAGCUCCUUCAGGUGGCACAGUCCUCUGGUCUGUGAUGGCUUCACAGACUGUGAGGAUGGUCGAGAUGAGCAGAACUGCACUCAGAGCAUCCCAUGCACCAACAGAACUUUUAGAUGUGGCAAUAAUAUUUGCUUCAGGAAGCAAAACGCACAGUGUGAUGGGACUGUGGAUUGUCUGGAUGGAAGUGAUGAAGAAGGCUGCAGCUGCAGCAGAAAUUCCUUAACCCUUCACCGAAUCAUCGGGGGCACUGACACCCAGGAAGGGGGUUGGCCGUGGCAAGUUAGCCUUCAUUUUGUUGGUUCUGCCUACUGUGGAGCUUCAGUCAUCUCCAGGGAGUGGCUUCUCUCUGCAGCCCACUGUUUCCAUGGAAACAGGCUGUCGGACCCCACACCAUGGACUGCUCACCUUGGGAUGUAUGUGCAGGGCAAUGCCAAGUUUGUCUCCCCCGUGAGAAGAAUUGUAGUUCAUGAGUAUUAUAACAGUCAGACCUUUGACUAUGAUAUUGCCUUGCUACAGCUCAGUGUCGCCUGGCCUGAGACCCUAAAACAGCUCAUCCAGCCAAUAUGCAUUCCUCCCUCACACCAGAAAGUGCACAGCGGUGAGAAAUGCUGGGUCACCGGCUGGGGGCGAAGGCAUGAAGCAGAUAAUAAAGGCUCCCCUGUUUUGCAGCAAGCAGAAGUAGAGCUCCUUGACCAAACCCUGUGUGUUUCCACCUACGGCAUCAUCACUUCUCGGAUGCUUUGUGCAGGUCUCAUGUCAGGGAAGAGAGAUGCUUGCCGAGGUGAUUCAGGUGGGCCUUUGUCUUGUCGAAGAAAAAGUGAUGGAAAGUGGAUUUUGACUGGUAUUGUUAGCUGGGGACAUGGCUGUGGAAGACCAAAUUUUCCUGGAGUUUACACAAGGGUGGCAAACUUUGUUCCCUGGAUCCAUAAAUAUGUUCCUUCUCUUUUGUAA